UGAUAAUUUGUUAGCAUGUUUGUAUCUUGAUUUUAUAUGAAUAAAUAUUCAUAUAUUGUCCAUUAAGAAUGGCAGAAAAUACUGCAAAUGGUACCAAUAAUGACGCUAAUCACAGAUCCAAAAUAUUUGAUCAAAUAUCCAAUAUACCAACCAUGGAAGAGAUUAUGAAAUCAGUAAACGAGUGCAAUACAAUUCGAUAUGCUUCAUACAGAACUGCAUCAAAAAUGCAAGUUUUUCAUAAAGCUUUAAAUAUGCAUUAUGUUCAAGUGGAACUUAUUGCAGCAAUUUUUGAACGACAUAGGCUAUCGGUUACAGAAAAUUCAGUCAGCUUAGACAUUCAUGAAAUAGAGGAUGUACUAUCAGAUAUUUAUUUUGCAGCUCAAAAAGAGAAUAAUAUCAAUUUUGAUAAUGAUAACUCUAUAAAAUUAACUCUGAAUUAUUUAUUUAAAACGUUUAAUAAGAAAGAAAAUGAAAAUAUUUCAGUACUUUCUGUUAAAGUGGCAUUGGCAUUAAUUAGCUGUGGGCGUUUAGAAGAAAAAUAUGGUUAUUUAUUUCAUCAAUUAGCAGAUCACAAUGCAUGUUUAUCAAGAGCUGCGCUUAAUAUUCUUUUGACAAAUAUUUGUAAGAUAACUGAAAUGUUAGGGGAAAAUGUUGCGUAUGGGAAUCAUCUUAUCCGUACAAGCAUCGAUAGUUGCUUUAGUGUGUCUCAAGGCUGUCUCGGAGUCACUGAAGCAGAAUUUGCAGCUUGGCUUAUACAAGAACCACCACUUUUAAUGUGGAUUACAACUUUAAAUCGUAUAAAAUCAGCCGAGCAAAUUGUGCAUAAUAUUAAAUGUUCGUCAUGUAAAACAACACCAAUACGAGGGCCAAGAUAUUCUUGUUUAAAAUGUACUGGUUAUAAUCAGUGUCAAAUAUGUUUCUUGUAUGGCAAAAAAUCAAACAAACAUAAAUUAAAACAUCCCGUUCGAGAAUAUUGUAUUAAGACAAAUGGCAAAGAAAUAACAAAAAUUCUUAUUGAAUUAAUUAGAAAUAAACUUCGAUUGUGUCCAUCAAGAAGUGCAAAUAGUUCAUUGGAUGAUUCUUUAUCAGGAGUUAAUCUCGAACAAGCAAAACAUUUUGAUACCUUGUCGGUAAGGAGUACAAUCAGAAGACGAAUUCUUAAUGAUCCACAAAAGGAAUUGCAAAGUAUUAUUAGUCACCUCGAAGAGGAAAAUAGACAACUGCAGAUAGAAUUAAGGGAAAUUAGUGACAGUAGAGUUGAUAAAUUGCAAAAUCAUAGAGUUGCAAUAGAAUCGCAAUUAGAACGUUUAAAAAUUUUAAAAAAAUAUUUAUUUACCCAAGGAUCACAUGGAUCUCGAGAUUUGAAUAUUAUGCAAAGCACACCCAUGGUUCAUCCAAAUACAUCUAGAAUAUCAGCUUUACCAAUGGCCUUUCAAUUAAGUCCAAUAAUACAUUAUAAUAGUCCAGACUAUGAAAAUUCAAAAAUAUUAGACAAUAAUGAUGCAAUUAACAAAAAUAAUUCUACAAAUAUGAUGGGAGAUAGGCUUUUUUAUAGCGAUAAUUUUUGCAUAUCUGACGAUACAUGCAUAGAACCAAGUACAUGGAUAGGAGGUCAUCAAACUGCAUUUACAACACAUCGCAGUGGAUUUUCUCAGUGGUUAAACUCAAGAGAAAAUAAAAACAAAGUUGUGGAAAAAUCGGAUGAUAAUGAAAAUAUUGAAAUAGAUGACUCUACCUAUUCAGGUACUAGCAGAGAUGUAUUACCCUCUUUACAACCAACUGAUAAGCAUUCGGAGCACAGUAGCUUACAAAAUAUUCAAGGCGAUCUCAAUGAUAUUUUAGAUAGACUGCAAAAUAUGGUUGCUAAUGACUGUUUGCUCGAAGACACGUUUAGUGUAGAUAAUAAUUGUGAAUUGAAACGUGCUGCUACGGAGAUGGAAGAUUUGUUAACUGGACUUAUUGAAGGUAUGGAAUCUCGAAAGGGUAAACUCACAACGAUUGUGUAAACAAUUUUAAAUUAACUUCGUGAAGUAUUUAUAUGAAGUUGAUUACUAUAAAAUAUUAAG